AUGGCACGAGGCUGGGACACGUCUAAUCCGGCAUUGAACCAACCCACCGACCGGCCGAAUCCAGAUGAAUCUGGCUUAUCCUUACAAAGGAUACAAAACUCUGUCACAAACAGUGGCGGUUGGCAUUUGACACCAGGUGGCCUCACUUCGGAAAUGAACAACGCUUCAGCAUUGUCAGCCACUAACCGGUUUCCGGAGUUCUGUCCGAUUCAUCUCGGUUGGUCUCGCACUAUGUUGCAGUCCACUGUGAACACUUCUCCUCGUACUUCCAAUGCAGUUCAACCACAACAACUACCAGUGGUUCUCCUUCCCUCGUUGUCGUCUCAACAACAAACACCAGGAACUCCGUCUGAUUCGGGCGAUAAUUUGCUAUCGGGAUCUUCAGUGGACUUCGUCCCCAUGGUUGUCCAGGUUCCCCGACAGUCAUUAUGUGUGCUUCGAUUUUCCCACCAUCGGGUUACUGUGUUCACCUACAACUGGUCCAAAGAAGAAGCGGAUCGAUUAUCCUAUCGUCUCUCCUCAUUGGCCGACUGGUAUAAUCGUCGACUGAAGUUGCUACAGUGCUUAUCCAACCAAAAACUCGGUUUGUUUCACGAAUUGAACCACCCGUUCGCACGAUGGUGCGCAGGUCAUGCAACUGAACUGAUUCGCAAUCCCUGUCCACCCGAAUUACUAACCUAUCCGGAUAGCAUCCUUACUGGGUUGACAUCACGCGGUCUUCCGGUCACUCCGGUUAGUGCCUCUCUAGUGGGCACAGCCAUGCGAGCGUAUGGCACUGGUGUCCCGGGGGUAGGUGGUGCAUCGGUUGUCGGUGGUCCUGUUGCCGGCGGCAGUGGUUCUGUUGGUGUUGGUGGAGGCUCUGGCACACGAAGACGCCAUCCAACUUCGAGUGGUGAUUUCAGCUCGGUUGUUCAUCUUUCUGCGUCUGCGACCGCUCCGAAUCAUCUAUAUUCGACUUCAUCUGGCAGUCCAUUCGCAUCUGGCGUUGCGUUUCAGGCUGAUUUGAAUUCAGCCAAGAAUGUGGCCAACUUUUUGCACCUGUUCCAGCGAAAUACACCGUUGCGAACUUCACCGAUCGCAAACAAACUAGCAAUGCAUAGAGGGUUAGUGGUAUUGCGUAAAGUGGACACGGAUUCGACCUGUUUUGAGUGA